AUGCACACCCAAACCCUCUACACCUACGCGCUGGUCGCAUUCACGAGUUCCGUUCUCGCGGCUCCGGUAGGAACCUCAGGAUCCCUGGAAUCCACAUCUACAUCUGUGGCCAAGAAUCUAGUUGCUCGAGAGCCAUUUGUGGUUUAUGGGAAAUCUUUUGAGGAGGAGAGUGGUGCGUUGUUUGGGACACAGACGCAGACGGAGAGAAGAGUGGAUGGGUGGAGAGGGAAUGAGGGUGCUUCGGGUUCACCUCCUAGUGGUCAGUUGUCGGGAUCGAAUAAUGGGAAUGGGAAUGGGAAUAAACCGCCUCCUGGAUCGCCUCCUUCGUUGAAUGGACCGGGAAAUAGUGGUUCGAAUGGAAACGGUUCAUCGGGACCGUCGAAUGGAGGACCCAGUGGAGGAUCAGGCGGGAAUCAGUAUUAA